GUUUCAGGCUUAAUGGCACAGUUUUGAUGGCAAAGGUCGUUUCUCAAAGGAUAGAUUGCGUAAUGGAAUGUGCUACAGAGCCAUGUUGUAGAUCAAUCAACUACAAAAAGUCAAUGGUCCUAGAGAAUGAAUCAAACUGCGAAAUGCUACAUAACUUGGUGUAUAAUGUUUCUGAGAAGGAAUUGAAGGAAAACUCCACGUAUGAUUACGUUUAUCUGUUCAAUCCUAAAAAG